GCGGGUGGUGACAUCACGUAAACGUUACGUCAUCACGCAGCUGACUGUCUCCAUUGUCGGGGUUGGGGGGUAGGGUCAGUAUCACGUCGUAGGCGAUUUUUUUAUCUUUUUGGUUCGUAAUUGACGAAUUUGUAAUCCCUACUACGACUCUCCUAACGACCCUGCAAAGGCGGUGCAGCUGGGAUCAUGUCACGGCAGCAAGGCAGGUUGGAGAGAAACUUCGUCUCCAGAGGCUCACGGGACCGCGGGGGCAACCACGCCGUCGGCAGUGGCUCGCGGUUCGCGGGCUCCGUGUCCUCGUACGCCUCCACUCCCGCGUCGUCCUACUUCUCCAUGGGCAAUGCGGCCGGGGCUCAGCUCAUACAGAGUCUCGCCACCAACUCGCUCAACUCGCAGUCCAACGUGCAUUUCAGGCCAUCGCAGCUGCUGCCUGAUGGCAUGCAGUUUGGAAACAUUCCCUGGAACACGGACGAGCCGCCGUCUAAGCAAAUGAAAAGCAAUCCAACCUGGAUGUCAGGGCUGCUGCAGAACCAAAGUGGAUCCUCCACCCAGGACAGCUUUGGGCUUGGCCAGAGCAACUCCCUACUAAACCAGCCACCAGCUCAGGGUUUCCCAUCGUCCAACCAGAGCGCUCUCAACCAGCAGCUGAUCUCAAUUCUACUGCAGAAGCAGCAGCCACAGCAGCAGUCACAGCAGCAGCCACAGCACAUUACAGCCGUUCCUCCCGUUCGCCUGCUGGGGCCUGGCUUGACUCUGUCCACGCAGCCGAAUCAGCAGAAGGGGCUGUUGCCAUUGCCGCCGAAUUUCCUUUCAACGAGCAGCGCAUCCUCGGCCUUCAGCUCGACGCCGUUUAUGCAGCUCGCCUCGUCCUCGAGUCUCAUGCAGUUCCCCCCGCCCGUGCCUCCCGUUCCACCCACGGCGGGGCUGGCGCCGGGUCUCGGCACAAACGGGAUUGGCUCGCCGUUCCCGUCAAAUAUGUUCUCGUUGCCACCGACGGGCCUGGCCAUGAACCAGGCUGCCCAAGCGAUGAACCAGGUGGCCCAGCCUCUGUUGCAACAUCUCGCACAGCAGGCGCCACCUGGCCAUUUCAUGAUGGGCAUGCAGCAGCAGCAACAGCAGCAGCAACAGCAGCAGCAACAGCAGCAGCAGAAUGCGGCGGUGCCGAUGAUUACUGGUGUGCCGCUAAAUGGCAUGCUCCAGAACCCUGGUACCGUGGGUCUCCAGCUGCCGCAGAUGAAAAAAGAAAUGAGGGAUGGGAAGAUGGAGUUCAGCGAUCCUGACCACCCUAAAGAAAUGCUGAAUGAAAUGAACCAGCAACGGCAUGACAGAGAGUUCACUGACGUGAAACUUAUAGUUCAGGGUGGACUGUCCGUGGAUGCUCACCGUAACGUUCUAGCCUCCUGCUCUCCUUAUUUCAAGGAACUGAUCAAAAGAACGCAGCUGGAACAGUCGGGCACCUUCGUCCCGACCAGCGGGACCGGCAUGGGCGGUGUCCCCCCCCCCUCUGGUCCAGAGUUGCGGGCCCUCGAGCUGCAUGUCGAGGGCGUGAGUGCCCAGGUGAUGGAGAUGCUGCUGGAGUUUAUUUACACGGGCCGCUGCGUGUCAGAGAGCAUCGCUCACGCCCGCCCCCUGGCAGAGGCCGCCCGCACGCUGCAGAUAGCCUCCUUCUGCCGCGUCUGCACUGCCUACCUAGAGAAGCAGCUGAGCGUGAGCAACUGCCUGGGUGUUUACGCCAUGGCGGAAGCGCUGGGCAGUGCCGACCUGGAGAGACGGGCGCGUGCCUUCGUUCUCACCAACUUCCCCGAGCUGGCGAUGCGCGAGGAGGUGCUGAGCGUAUCGUGCGCCCAGCUGGUGUCGCUGCUCGCCAACGACGACCUCAACGCCAAGACGGAGGAGCUCGUGUACGACCUGGCCAUCCGUUGGGUGCGCAAGGACAUCUGCGCCCGCUUGCAGCACGCCGCCGAGGUGCUGUCGGUGGUGCGGCUGCCGUUCCUGCACCCGAGCUUCCUGCUGAACACGGUGGACAACGAGGACAUUGUGCGCUCCUCCGAGGCUUGCCGCGAGCUCGUAAACGAGGCUAAGCGCUACCACAUGUUGCCGAAUUCGCGCCAGGACAUGCAGACUGCGCGUACACGGCCACGCGCCGCUACGGGCGUGUCGGAGGUGAUCGUGCUGGUGGGCGGGCGACGCUUUGACGGCGCCAGCCACCGCAGCCUCACGGCCGUCACCUGCUACAAUCCGGCGGUUGACAAGUGGUUCCCGCUCGCCAGCCUGCCCUUCUUUGAGCGCGACCACUACUGCGUCGUCAGCGCCGGCGACAAUAUCUACCUGACUGGCGGCAUCGAGAACGGCGUGACGCUGGGCGAGGUAUGGUGCUACUCGGUGAUGAGCGACAGCUGGGGCCUGGUGUCCCGCAUGGCGAUGGCUCGAGGUCGGCACAGCGGCCUGGUGUACGAUGGCAAGCUCUACUCGCUGGGCGGCGUGGGCAGCUCCAGCACACUCACGCACUGCGAGAGGCUGGACACGGUGACGAACCAGUGGGAGGCCUUGUCACCGAUGCCCAGGGCCGUCCACUCGGCUGCGGCCGCCACCUACGGGGGGCGACUCUACAUGUUCGGCGGCAUCAACGACGCGGGCCGCUCGGCCAACGUCAUGCAGUCCUUCCUGCCGCACAUCAACUCCUGGAGCUUCAUUGAGACGCCCAUGAUUGACAACAAAUAUGCGCCAGCUGUGGUGUUCAACGGGCUGAUUUACAUCCUUGGGGGGGCGUUCUCGCGCACCACCACCAUCUACGACCCCGAGAAGGAGAACAUCAAGUCGGGUCCCACGCUCAACUACACUCGGCAGUGCUGCGGGGCGGUCGUGCGCGGAAACAGGAUCUACGCGACGGGGGGCCUCGUGAGCCCCGAGGGCCCCGCGCUGGGCAACCUGGAGGUGCUGGACCUGGAGAAGAACACCUGGACGCUGCAGUCCGGGCUGCCCUGCGCCCUCUACCGCCACGGCUGCGUCCUCAUCAAAAAGUCCUUCUCAAACAAUUGACGUGCGUUGCCAAACGCACCACGUGCGGCUUCAUAGCCCCGGCCUCCCAAGGCUCCCUGACGUUCCGGGACGACGUCGGCGGUGGCACGUUUGCCGCACGAGUUCGCCACCCUGGUUAAUUACUGCGGGUGUAUUUAACUGUCAAAAUAUGCGCCGCCUGCUUUCCGUUGGACGUUAAAAUAUCCCGUCAUAUUUGGAACGGUAGGCCGUGUUUGCUGAAGUCGUCGUCCAAAUUGGACAAAUUCGAUAAAUUGCUCGCAGAUUCCUUCAUUGGGAUGCCCACAAAACAACAUUGCCCCUCUAAUUGCAGACCAAUGCCCGCUAACUAGCCGGUGCCUAUUUAAUGGCUGCAUAUCAAGCAUCAGGAAAAUCCGCCCUCAUUUAUGCCGCCAAAUUUUUGGUUCAUUCUCUGAUCUUCUUAACCAUCUGCAAUUAUCUUUUUCUUAGUAUCCCUGCCUCUGCCCCCCACUCACGAAUUGAGAAUGCUUCUGCACGAGUUGGUCUCAAUCUCCCCUUUAACAAGCACACUUCGCCUCUCCUCCAACUCCACUGGCUUUCCCAUUCACUACACCGCUGUCUUUUCAAAUACCCGAUGCUCGUCUUUAAAGCUCUUCUAUGGCCUUGCCCCACCUCAUCUCGCUGCUCUCAUCUCCUUUCACGACCCCUCCUUCUCGUCCCCUUCGUUCACAAUCUUCUCUCGGUCUCCUCUUCCUUCUCCCCUGUGCCCAAUCCUGUUCUUCGGUCUUUAUUCCUCCUUGCACCCCCUCACUGGAAUAAACUUCCCCUCUGCAUUAAGUUGGUCUGAGCGAAGACGUUAAUGGCCUUGGCAGUGGGUUAGGCAGUGUGUGUCACACACACUGGUUGUACAAUGUAUAUUUUUUGUGAUUGAAAGCGUCGUGUUCUGCUUUCACGCAGAAACCGUUGAUGUUGAUAUAUAAUGCACACUGUGAGGAGUGUGCAUUUUACACGUGGCCCUAUUCUCCAGAUUAUAAUACACUCCGGAAAUGAACACGUACUCCAAACUUGUGCCCGGUGUUAAUGAAGGUAUGCUGGCCUGGUCAAACAUGCCUACAGGAUUGUAAGACCGCAUCCGCUAACUUGCUUUAAAAUACAGGGGGCGGUGGCAAGGUGGAAGUGCGUUUUAUAAUCUGGGAAUAUGGAAAUUGUGCUUUUUGUUUUGUAGUGCCGUAUUUACCUAAACUUUAAUUUGUUUUCCAUAAUCCACUCUUAUACGGGUAUAGAUGAAUGUUCUGCAAAACUAUUAUUCAGCCCAUAGAUAUAGUGUUGCAUACAAUGUGUGUAUAUAUGUACUUCAGCAUUUUUGUAGUGUCGCCAUACCAUGUAUUUGCAUUUCAAUUGGAAAUCAUAUUUCGCUUUAAUGGCUUUCAUCGGACUUUGUUUUAGGCACAUGCUUUUAAGGUACAGAUGCCUUUUCCACCUGGUAUAUAAUGAGUGUACGCAGUGCAACCACGUUUGUAUGUUGAACGGCUUUCGCACUGUACGUAGUCAACCGCGCUAAUUGAAGGCUGAAUGCAUAUGUCUGCGUAACUGCCCGAGAUCUCGUUUGCGUGGUCCCACCCUGGGGAAGUCAAUUACACACAGUGGCACUGCUGGUCCCCCCCGCUAAGGGGAAAUUGGGCCAGUGGCACUGGUAUGUACACGUACUACCCGCUUGUCAAUCCGCUGCUGGAUGAGGGCCUCCCCGCACUGUGCGGGCCAUGGAAGUAAUUUGACCAUAUUCCACCAUGCUGGCCACUGCGGGUUGGUGAAGGCAGGCAGUGGGUGCGGUAGCGGAAAGAUUUUCAGUUGUUGGCCAGCUCUCAGAGCAUUGAAGUAAAGUACAGCAAUGGCUUUUGCUACACUGCCCUCUGCUGCCCACAAUGUACCUCUGUAGCUUGUCAACCUGUGUGUGAUGGCCACUCAUCCAAGUACUUUGUAGGGUCAACCAUGAUUGGCUUAGAUUUUACAAGGCCGGACACAUUCUUGGUGAAAAUGGCCAUAGGCUAUUUGGUUUUAGGCAGUUUGAUAUUAAGAGCUAGAAAUUCCUCAUUUAUACCCCCCUAAUAGUCCCAUCCCCUACUGGUGCGACGAUUUAUGUUUGUUACUUGAGUAACGAACAACUGCAUUAAUCGAUUUUGCAUUGCUUAAGGGACAUAUUUGCUGUACAGUUUAAAUGAAUACACGUGCAUGUAGUCUGUAACACAAGCACCAACUUUUGAUUUAAAGCUUUCGUGACUGCACGGAUUCAUAUUACUGGUUCUUUCGUGGCAGAUCACUGUUAUAAUUCAGUAGGUUCACGUGACAUUGACUUCUCCAAGACAGGUUCUUUGCAAGCCAUCUGGCUACCAUGAGAGAUUCGUUCAUGAUUGCUUGUGUUGCAGUCGAAACGUCGUGAGAAUUGUAUUGUUUUAUAUUUUUAUUAUUUUAUUGUUUCCCUUCUACGUGACUUUACCGAAAGAACCAAGAAUACAAGCACCAACGUUCCUAAUAUUGACGGUAUCGAGGGGCACCUGGGCCAGAUCCUUUAAUUUGCCCGGCUGAGGCAGUGGGUGCGGUAGCAGAAAGAUUUUCAAUUGUUGGCCAGCUCUCAGAUCCAGUUAAGAAUGCGGUCUGGUCAGUCCCCCCAUACUCAGGUGCCCCUAAAUACAAAUAAAGACAUCUCCCGUUUUUAGUUCAAGGACUUUUGUAAAUAUUGCUGUUAUUGUUUUAAUGCACAUAUUUUGUUCCUGCCGUCAACUGUGUACAUGCGUCCCGUUAAUAAAAUGCAAUAAUUA